CCUGCGCGGGCUGGUUUGUGUUUCUUCCUCCUCGAACUGAGGCCGAAUUUAGCUAGACUCGUUCGGUAGCGAUCCUCCCAACGCCUCGGUCCGAGAGGGGAGGCUUUGGGCUAGGCGUGCGUGUGUCGUUUUAUCCAGAAUUCAUUGCGCCAUGAACUUUUUUUCCCCGAAAAUCAUCCCAAACCGACGAGCGCGGUGAUGUAUUUUGCAGAAUUCGCCUAAAAUUAGCACAAAACAACGACAACGAGCUGGAAAACACCGAAUGUUUAUGAAAGCCCCAUCAACACACUCGAGGACACCACUGGUUUGAUUCAUGCAAAACGUAGUUUUCGUUUUUAAUAAGCUGAAGUAGCUGACGAACUAACACACUCCGGCCACCGAGUCCGCGUGACGUUUCUGCGAUUAUUUAUUGUUAAACCUUCUAUAAACUAAAUGUGCACGAAAUAAAGUGGCUUUUAUAUUGCGGGUCAUAUUCACACAUUUCAAGACGUGUUGGUGUCAUGCAUGAGCUAUAGAUCUAAACGAGUAAAACGUUAGAGUAAUUAACCAGCAGCUCCUAUGCUGAGAGAUCUGAGAGAAGAGCUCGGAUGUUAGGAAAGUUGCCAACGACCCAAAGUCCAGUUUUACCGACCAGAAGCCACCGGUACCGUGGCUGCUGCUGAGAUGCGAAAAAUACAGAAUAGCAGAUUGAUUGUCCUGGACGUUAAUACUUUUUUUUUUUACACCUAUGCAUGACGUCAGACUUUAAGGUGGAGUCGCUCUUACAUCCUACCUGUUAAAUACGACUCCUGCAGGGUAGAUGGAGAGCUGCAGCUCUUUGGACACGCCCCCCUCGCCUCUGAUUGGCUGCAGACUGCUGCCUCCUUCCCCUCUUUCAUUGGUAUUCAGGUAGUACAGUCUUUGUGGAGGACAGAGGGGCGAGAGAGGGCGAGAGGGAGAGAUUUACAGUGGUAAAGGCGAUACAAGCUUAACAAGACGGGCGAGCGGAGAGGGACAGACGGGGCGAGGGAAAAAAGAGACAAAAAGUGGACCGACUGCAAGCUAAUGGUGAUUUUGAGGUGGAUAGAAGCGGGUGAGAAAGUGCCAUAAGGGUCUGUGGAUUCUGGACGGCGAGUGGGACUUUUGGUUUUUACCCAGCUGGAAUCAUCCAAACCCUGGACUGACGGCUCUGCUGUCUUCCCUCGCUGGAGGACGUCCUGCGGAUACACUACUGGCCUUCACUAGCGCUCCUGCGAGGGGUCCCUCUCCCCGUUGGGGAGGUGUGCCACGCAGACGGACGGACGGACCGCUGGCGUGUGUGUGUGUACGUGUCUCUGCAUGCCAUUUCCCCCUAUGUCCUUCUUUUUGUGGCUGUGUGCGCACCAGGGCCCAGUAUAUGGAUAGAAGCUCUCUGUUUCAGCUCAUACAAGAGCAGCUGGACCCAGAGCAGACUGGUUUUAUAGCAGUGGAGAACUUCACCAGUCUAGCGGAGCACCAUGAGUUACAGCUGGACCCCAGUAAACUGGAGAUGCUGCUGGCGCUGGUCCAGAGCAACGAACACGGAGACGUCUGCUACCAGGAGCUCAUAGAACUGCUGAACAGUAAACGUUCCAGUAGUUUCCGCCGAGCCAUUGCAAAUGGGCGUCGCACUCUGCAGCGAGAGAUCCUAUUGGAUGAGACAGGGCUGGGCGUGUACAAGCGCUUCGUGCGCUACGUGGCCUAUGAGAUCCUGCCAUGCGAGACGGACCGCCGCUGGUACUUCCAUCAGACCAAACUCUGCCCUCCUCCCGUCUUCAUGGCCAUCCUCACAAUUGUACAGAUCAUAGUGUUUAUGUGUUACGGCGUGAUGCUCAAUAAAUGGGUGUUGCAAACCUACCAGCCGGAUUUCAUGAAGAGCCCGCUGGUGUAUCAUCCCGGACACCGUGCACAAAUCUGGAGGUUCUUCAGCUAUAUGUUCAUGCAUGUUGGGUUAGAGCAGUUGGGUUUCAACGCUCUUCUCCAGCUGAUGAUUGGAGUUCCUCUGGAGAUGGUUCAUGGGAUCCUGAGGAUCAGUCUGCUGUAUAUGGCAGGAGUCAUCGCUGGUUCUCUGACGGUGUCCAUCACAGAUAUGCGUGCUCCGGUGGUGGGCGGGUCCGGCGGGGUCUAUGCGCUCUGCUCAGCACAUCUCGCCAACGUUGUAAUGAACUGGGCCGGUAUGAAGUGUCCAUACAAAUUGUUACGUAUGGUUCUUGCACUUGUUUGCAUGAGUUCAGAGGUGGGCCGUGCCGUAUGGCUGCGCUUCUCCCCGCCCCUCCCCUCCUCCGGACCGCAGCCCAGUUUCAUGGCUCAUCUGUCAGGCGCAGUGGUGGGCAUCAGCAUGGGGCUUCUGAUCCUGCGGAGCUAUGAGGAGUCUCUGCAUAAACAGUGCUCCUGGUGGGUCCUCAUCUUCUCCUUCAUCACCUUCCUCCUCUUCGCCAUCUUCUGGAACAUUUUCGCUUACGAGCUGCUCGGGGUACAGAUCCCGCCCCCUCCCUGAUGACACGCCCCCUGUGGUGGCACCAAGAAGCCACGCCCCCCUGUCCGACACAGGUCCGACCUCAAUCGACUCCGCUCGACCAGCAGCAGAGAAACGGACAUAAAAACCGUAAGGAAGGAUUUCAGCGGUGGGAAACGAUAACACAUACUCACAUUCCAUACAGAAGCAGCGAACAUAAACGCCGUGGUGUUUUUAACAAACGCUCGGAGGCGUGCUUAUUUGAACAGACCACCUAGAAACUAGAAACAUGUACACACACAUACACACAUGUACAUCAGAUUCGUUGUGUAUUUCAGCUCGAGGCUCGCUCAUGAUGCCUUUCUGUAUUGUUUUGACUUGGCAGCCUCAUCUACGCCUGUUAUUCAUUACAGAUAGCAUUGGAUGCUGUUUGUUUUUGGAUAAUUACGGAUUUGGUGAAAUGAGGUAAAAUUUGUUUCAAAAUGAUGUUUCUGAAGCUGUUUCUUGCUGUAUUUUGUUCACAGAAACAUUAGCUCUGUUCCAAAUCAUAGUGGGCUUUCUGUGAAAGCAGCAUGUUAUAGGCGUGCGUUAUGUUGCCUUCUAAGAUUACUUUUUGCUAAAUGUGAAUUUUCAUAAAAAAAAAAAAAAAAAAAAAGAAAUCCAUAAAGAUCUAAAAAAAAAUUUCAUAUACACCCUGUUCAAAAGGUUUUGGUUGCAUCUUAUUUGAUAAAAAUAUAGUAAAAUAUUAAAGAUUAUUACAAUUUAAAACAACUAUUUUCUAUUUGAAUAUAUUUUAAAAUGUAAUUUAUUCCCAUGAUGCGCAGCUGAAUUUUCAUUCUAAUAUGAUGAUUUGCUGCUCAAGAAACAUUUCUGAUUAUUAGCAAUGUUGUAAACACUUUUUGCUGCCUAAUAUUUCUCUGGAAACCAUGAUACAGUUUUUUAUCAAGAUUUUUCAUGGAUAGAAAACCGCAUUUAUUCAACUUUUUAAAUGAUUUUACAGUUAUUUUUCAUCAAUCUAAUGCAUUCUUUCUGAGCAGUUUUAAUUUUACUUAAUUUUACUAGUUACCUAUAAUGCCAGACUAAAGUAUUUGAAAUCGAGUGCAGCAUUGGACCACAAAACCAGUCUUAAGUGUCAUAAACAAAUAAAUAAACUUCCCAUUUAUGUACGGUUUUUUAGGAUCAGACAAUAUUUGGUCAAGUUCCAACAAAAUAUUGAGAAAAUCACCUUUAAAGUGUCCAAAUGAAAUUCUUAGCAAUGCAUAUUACAAAUAAAAAAAUAUUUUAUAUAAAUAUAUAUAUAUAUAUAUAUAUUUACGGUAGGAAACUUCCUAAAAUAUCUUCAUGGAACAUGAUCUUCACUUAAUUUCCUAAUGAUUUUUAGAAAUCAGAAAAUGUAAGAGAAUGUAUUGUUGGCUAAUAUACCCCAGAGACCAGGCAAUCUUUCAUUCUCCGGUGAUUUAUUAAAGGGCAUAAUGGUGCACAAAGCAUGAUUUCAAUGCAUUUUACUCAUAUUUCUUUCUUAACACUGCAUUUGUAAUUUAAGUAACAUCAUUUUAUUGACAAUAGCUACUGUAAUCAAAUGACAUCAAUUCAAAAUGUAAUGCAUUAUAUUGCUGCGUUAUCAGGAAGAGUAAUUUGAGUACAGUAACGUGUUAUACCCAAACUCUGCUGGUGAACAACAAGAGAGCACACUUGGUAUGGAACAGAGUGAAUGUCUGACCCUUGACCUUUGAUAAUAUAUCUAAUAACACAAGCUAGUGAGAGAAUCAAUAUCUCUGUGCCGUACACUAAUGAUAUCUUCAGUAUUGCUGUGCAGAUUACAUUAUUAAAGAUGCUUUCUACAUCAACCACUAAUACUGAAUGUUUUGCAACCUCAAUCGUGUCUGCAUACAAUUUCAGCGAAGGUCGGGUUAAUGAUAAUGGUGAUUAUGAUUAUGAAGAUAUACUUGAUUAAUGAAAAAAAAGACGAGACUGCAAAAGAUGAGAAAAUUUAGUGUUUUACGACCCUUAACUCGUAAGACCGAGGGCAUAAUUAAAAUAUUCAGUAGUGCCAAGUUAUCAUUCGCUAAGCUGCUAAAGGAUAAUUAAAGGGAAUUAAUUAAAUCGCUACAGGAAAGAUGUGUACAAGAUUGCUGGUCUGAGUUGAUUUCAUUUUCAGAAAGCUCGAUCGUGUGUCUGUUUAAUGUUGUGGAUUUUUUAUGCCUUUAUUCAUAUUUAUUCAGAAUGGCGUCUCUGUAAAGAUCGUCUUAAACUGAGGGAUGUGAUGAUGAUGAUGGUGACACAAGAGUCAAAAUUAAAUGCAUUUACACCCACACAAACCGGAAGAAUAUUAACAAUACAAAAUGUUUAAUGAAUGAAUUAAGCUGUGCCCGAAGGUCACACUUAUGUAACAACACAUUAAUGCUUUCCAGGAACAUGUGAGCUAUUUGAAUAUUUUAAAGUCACUCGCAGCCUGUUUUACUGCCACAAUGUGAUGUAUUUUGAAGGUAAAAAGGAUAUUUGAGGAGAGUUGGCAAAAAACAGUGGCUUGCUGAAGACAUUUCAGUAGUAAUAAAGUAAAAAAAAGGUCAAUUUUGGCUCCAACUUGACUUUAAAUGUUCUGAUCCAGCAUCUAAAAAAAGCUGAAUUUAUUGAGUUCCUGUAAUAUACGGCUGGCUGGCACUUUUAGACAGGUGAAAAAUGAAACGCUGAUGAAUAUUUAUCAGACACGCAUAUAAACAGUGAGAAAGACGGAGGGAAAUGGUAUAAAAAAAGCUAAAAGCUGUUUUGGGAUAUGUGAUGGCAGAAAAUUAGAUGAGAAAGACGGGGGAAAUAGCUGAUAAAAUGAAGGAAAAUAGAGAAUGAUGGAUUCAUUUUUUUAUGUUGUUGAACACUCGUCAAAUGGAUGCUGGUAGUGUGUGUUUGUGUGUGUUAAACAUGCUUUAAUGUGCUCUAAGACCGUUGUUGGUUUCAGACUGUUAUAACACACAUACUGUCGUCUGUACGUGAGUUUAAGAAACACUCGACCUCGCUCUGAAACUGUUGGGUUGUGUUCGGAGUGGAAUACAUUUCUAACUAUAGUAUACAAGAUGGUCAUGUGACACCAUUGAUUAAUUCAGCCAAUGACAUCUAUUUAUCAUAUUUGAAAUGGUUAAUUCAAUUUUUAUCAAAUUUUGAUUCUUUUAGGAUUCUGAUCAAAUAAUACGACAAACUAAAGGUUAAAAGAUAAUCAUGUGGUUAAUUUAUUUUCAGAACUGUUAUUUUAAAAUUAGUUAUAUAUUUUAAAUAUAGUAUUUGUUAAUAUUUUGAAAUAGCUUUAAUUUUUACAUUUUCAGCUUUAAUAUUAAGCACUAUUUAAUUAUUUGUUAUUUAUAGUCUUUGUCAUUUUAUUUGUUUUUAUAUAUAUUUAUUUAGUUUUUUCUUUCAGUUCUAGCCACAGUUUUAGUACUUCAACUUUACAUUUUUUCUAUAGAAUUUUUGUUAUAUAUAUUUCUGUUUUUAUUUCAGUUUAGCCCUAGUCAUCUUAGCACUUCAACAUUUGAGUUAUUCGAUGUACUUUUGUCUUUUUUUUUUCAGUUUUAGAUUUAGUAGUUUUAGUACUUCAGUAUAUAUAAAUUAUUUUAACUUAUUUUAUUAUAUUCUCACUUUUAUUCAAUUAGUUGACAAGGCCACCUUUUUAAUAUACUUUUAAGUUCGUUUUGUAAUAAUUCUUAAGUUUGUUGUUGUAUAUAAAUAUUUCUAUAUAACUUAAUUUUUUCCCCAGUUUCUUUCCUUCGUUUUAACAGUUCAGCUGAGCAAGUUUAGGUUUCUCGUCUAAUAUUUGCAUUUUUUAUAUUUUAUAUUUAUUUCAAUUUACUAAAAUAAAUGCUAAUAGUUUUAGUAAAUAACACCAGUUUCAAAAUGCAAUGUUGAGUGCAUUGCAUUAUGGGAUACAUUUUUUGCAUAAUGUGCUGUCAUCCACAUGCAAUUUAUACUUAACGUUUGCAUAAUGUGCCAGUAUGUAUACCUCAAAACUAGUAUGGGUAGUAUGCCACUCCAAACACACCCUGGGUGAAGAAGUAUACUCUCUAAUCCUCUUACAAAUGGAAACAAGUAGUCCCCCCUUAAUCCCGCCCACUUUACUUCCCAGCCAAUAGCUGCUCUCGAAUCUCAUGCUUAAGUUCAGUAGCUGUCCAAUCAGCACAGAUGGCAGUGUCGUGUGUUUAUUUUCUUCAUGAUGUUGUAGGUUUAGGUCGCAAGAGUGUUGCUUUGAGCUCAUCGCUGCGAAUCCACUGAGAAUCGUAGUUCAUUUACAGAUUUCAAAAUGGUGCCAAAAGACGAGAGAUGACGACUCGUUGCAGUAAAAGAUUGUUUACAAAAAAAAAAAGUAAAAAAAAAACCUUGAAAAUAUAUUAUAAGGCUAAAAGUUUCCUCUGGAUCAGAUGAUGAAAAAAUAAGAUUUGUAAAUAUUGAUAGUUUCUAUCAAAUUCUGUAUCAUUUCAUGAUGUACUGUACUUCUGAAAUAUUGGGACCUGAGGCAAUUUUGUUUUAUUUUGUAUGGUUUUUGUGUUUGCUUUCAUUUCUCAGCUGUAUGAAAUAAAGACCAUACUGUGA